AUGAUGGUGGAAGGCCUAGGCGAUGAAGUGGUCACGUUCUUCUCGUGCAUGGUGCUCAUCCUUAUCGGGGCCUUGUCUUGGUGGUCGUCCAACGUGCGCGAUAGCCACCCGCAGCCCACACCACCCGUGGCGCCCGCCACACCCGCUCACCCCGCGACGGACUCACCGGCGCCUCAUACCGAGUCCUCCGAUGCGUUGCCACCAGUCAACGCGGCGGAUUCGGACCCGUUGGCGUCGGCUGACCCGCCGAGUAGCGAUGAAGCCCAAGAUCAGGAUCGAGUUAGCAUUAAGCUCAAGUUUUUGAAUGAUAGUCACAAGGAGGUGCGGGCUUGUUUGGCCGAGAAAUUGGGCCGCUUCAAGUUGCGGCAUUUUGCUCCGGAUUUGGCGGCCAACAAGCGGGUGCGCUUUAUUUUCAACGGUCAUGUCUUGGGCGGUGAUGAUCGCACGCUCAGCGAACACGGUUUAUUUCACAAUUGCGUGGUCCAUUGUUUGGUGUCCCAGAACGCCAGUCCACCGCCCACGGCCUCCGCCCACUCGGCGGGUGACGCCUCCGGCGUGUCGGGUGAAGCCGAGCCCGAGGACCUGGACUUGUCUCACUUGUGCUAUCCGCUCUUGGGCUCCGUGUUGGUCAUGAUCUGGUGGUGUCAAAUGGUGUACCCGCACUACUUCUCGUACGCCUCCACGUUGUCUUUGGUGUCUUUGACCGUGAUCUUCUUGGCUAGCAUGGUUAAUACUUAUCUCUAUUGA